CCUCUGCCUCUGACUACAACCAGGAGAAAUCGUGUUCGCCUACUACAAAAGCUGGCGGUGGAGUCAAAUACAUAGUUGUGGGCAUGCUUGAGAUAUUACCUCCCUAACCGUUCACAUCAUGGUCGGGGACAUCGUUGCGUGGGCUGUUCCCCAGCUGUCGAAUCUGCUUCCUCUUGAUGAAGAAUCACUCACACAAAUUGUCACCUACUCUGUUGGUCUCUCAAAAGAAGACAGCGCAGAGCACCUGAAAAAUCUCCUAGGAGACUCACCUCCUGUUCUCGAAUUUAUAUCCUCCUUCAAUUCGAGACGACGGAACGAUUCUAAAUCUGCCCCGCAAUCUGGUACAACUACUCCACGAACAGAUCAUGAAGAUGGCAGACCCGAAAAGAGCCAGACCAAGAAGUCGAAACGAAAAAAUGCACCCUUGCAUAGCACCGGACCACCGCGGAGACCAGAUAACUAUGGCGAUAUGUCCGGGGCCUACAGAAAAUCCGAUCAGGAAUCUGAUUACAUGGCAACAUUCUCCCGGUCGCGUGAUACGCCGUCACCAUCCACAAAACCAGCGGCUUUCUUGCAGCCAAAGACUACGAACCCACCGUCAUCGUACGAAUCCUCCCCGGCAGGUUCACGGAAUCCCUCUCCGGCACCGAAAACCAUCAGCUCCAAAGCACCUCCGUCGGCAGCCGGCCCUUUGAUAUCUGAUUACCUGCCCAAUGUAAAAUCCAAGGCUGCUAAAUCUUCACGACAACACCCCUCUGGCUCUGGCUCUGGCUCCGGCCAAUCAACUCCUGCGAAAGGGUCUGUGACAACGACAAAUAUUGCAGACUUGACCUCCGCAAUUGCAGCACUCGAAGUGUCUACAAACCCUACAUUCACUAAAGGCAGGCAGACGUGCAAUUGCGAUGCCUUGAUACACCCACUUUUCACGCCAGCUCCGAACUGUCUCAGUUGUGGAAAAAUAAUCUGUUCGUUGGAAGGAUUACAGCCGUGCUCUUUCUGCGGCACACCGCUAUUAUCCAGCGAAGAGAUACAAGGAAUGAUCAAGGAACUACGUGCCGAGCGGGGACAAGAGAAAAUGAGAGCACAUAAUGAGGUUGUCCAUCAUACCGGUGGUCCAGGCCUUUCUGGGUCGUCCACUUCUCCCAGUAAACUUGAUGCAGCCAUGGCGCAUCGAGAUAAAUUACUUUCUUUUCAAGCGCAUAAUGCCCAACGCACACGUGUCGUGGACGAAGCAGCAGAUUUCGAGACACCGAAUGUAGGUUCGACACAAUGGAUGAGCCCAGCCCAGCGAGCUCUUGCGUUAAAAAAACAGCAGCGAAUCCUUAGAGAGAUGGAGGAGAAAGCCAAGCCUGAGUGGGAGAGAAAGAAGACUAUAAUGAGCUUAGAUAUCAAAGGUGGCCGUGUCGUACGAACUUAUCAGGCGGCCCCUUCAAGCGCAUCAGCAGAUGUCACUGAAGAAGAGCCGGAAGAGGCCGCUACGGCCUCUAGCAACGACACAAGUCACGGUAGGGCUGCAUUUAGUAAAAACCCUCUACUUGCGCGCGGAGGACUAGUACGGCCUAUCUGGAAGAGUACGACCAGUGACCAGACUGACGAAAAGGCUCCCCGUAGAGAGGCCAAGCAGACUUGGCGCCGAGUACAGGACGACAAUGAUGAUAACGAGCAAUGGAUUUUAGAUGGCGGUGUUCACGGGUACAGCAACGAUAGCGGAGCUUGAUCAUAAAUACAAAUGUGGAUUGUAUCGAAAUUCCGAAACAUCCGCCACGCGCUGAAUUCAGAUAGAGAUCUGUUCGACGAUUACCGAUAUUCCAUAUUUUUUUCUACAUAGUUAAGGUGCGCGUAUUACAGUGUCAACUGCGCUUUACGCAAAAUACUCCGGAUAUUCCAGGA